CUGAGCCAUCAGCACAGAGCCCAGCACAGGGCUCAAACUCACGAACUGCAAGAUCAUGACCUGAGCUGAAGUCAGCACUUAACAAACAGACUGAGCCACCCAGGCCCCCCAAGUUUGUCUUAGUUUACACAGGAGGUCAUUCCCGAGCAGGAACACAGCACGCACUCCUAAUCCCAGCUUCUUUGGCCAGGAAGGUAGGCAGAGAAAGGGACUAGUGAGAGGAUUUAUGGCACGUUGGGAGAGGAAGCUGCAGAGGCCCAUCCUAAGAGGGCCGGGCCAAGUGGGUUCCACUAUGGGCCAAGGGGGGCCUUUGAAGGACUGUCCACUUGAGGCCUAGAGGUAGGGGGGCUGUUGAGGAAGGAGGAGAAUAUGAACUCACAAGGCCAUGAGAAGUUGAACCAAGUAGAAACAGGGUUGGAAAUGGUAGGGCAGAUGUGAGAGGUGGUUAGUUUGGGAGUUGGUUGAGGGGAUUAGGAGCCCAAGGAAAGUGGGAUCGUCUGCCUUUUCUCUACCCAGUAGUUGGCUCAGAGCCUGGCACACACUCAGACCCUGGAGGAAGGAGCUGGGUGGGUGAAUUGGGCAUCUAAGUCAGGCCGCACUGGGACACACAGCUGCAGGGACACUGAACACACAGGGGGAUGUUCCUCGCUCUCCAGCGAUGCCUGUCCUAGGGGAGAGAAUGCCAGCACAGAUGGGCCACCUGAGGGGGGCGGCAAAAUAACCUGCUCCAAGGCUCGGAGCCUGAUGCGAAAGCAGCCCUGGGUGAACGCUGCGCACCACCUUGGCUAUUGCAGGUUUGCAGGAGGGGGUGGGUCAGUGAGGGGAUCCGUGAGGAUGUCGCCCCCUGCCCGAGCACGCUCUGCCUUCUCGCCUUUCCCUCUCUUCCAGCCUCGCCACAGCCCCGUCUCUCCUCCUUCCCAGAAAGCUGGCCCCAGGUGUUACCCCCUUUAUAACAUCCACCAAAAGCCCGUGCAAUGGACCCCUGGAAGUUUGGGGGAAGGGGCAUGAAGCGGUACUUUGCAGAGUACAAUAGGAGCAUGGUCCAGUUAUCAGAAAAACAAAUGCCCCUCUGCCCACGCACGUGGAACUUGGCAUCUGAUUUCACAGCCCCUGAAACCUACCUCUAAGCGAUGGAGAUGUCUGAGGGUGGGUGGGUCUGGAGAGCCUGGCCCAAGGUGGGGCCAGUGACCACCCCCCACCCUGAGGAGGGGCCCUUCAGGUAAAGAGGGAACCGCAGCCCCCCACCCAGUGCCCGCCUGAGGAGCAUUGAGCUUUUGGGGUGGAGCGGACAGCCUGGGAACCGGUCUGCCAACCAGUUUAACCAGGGACUGGUUUCGACUCCGGAGUUCAAAGGAGCUAGGGUGCACCCCGUCCCACGUCCCACCCGGCCAACGGGGAACAACGGCGCUUAACCCUUUCCCGGUUGUGCCUGGGGCCACGUCCAGAUGUGGUCUGUGAUGGAGAGCGUCCGACCCUCUUUGGGGCAUGAAAUGGGUGAGGGUGACCUUGGCUACAGCUGGGGGGUGCAGCCAGGCCCACGAGGGUGGGGAAACUGAGGAGAGAGGCUCCCUUGUUCCUCCUGCCCCAGACUUCCCUUGGGGUUUCCUCUUCCUGCCUAGGCGAUCCCCGGAGGACCCUGACUUCUGGGUGGGUGCAGGGGCACUGGGAUUGGAUUUCUGGGGUAAUGAAUAUUCAUCAGCCUGAUCCGGCCUCUGCUUCUGUUUACUUAGCCGGGAGGGGCUGGGUUUCAGGUUCACCUUGACUCCUGGAGCCGCCGCGGAGCAGGUACCCGCUCCUGCACCUGUUUCUCUUGCACCUGCCGUCCAGCUGCUCCUACCCAGCUCGCCCGGCCUGAGCCUUGCCUGGCGCAGCACCCUGGAGGCACCCCUACCUCCUCCGGUCUCCCUCCCGGGCAGCUGCCACGCUCAGCUCCUUCUCUAAGGAAGGUCUCACCUCCAGCCCGGAGCAGCCAGGAUUACAGAAAGCCCCACCCUUGGCUCGGGGAACGCCAUGACCGAAGUGGGCUGGUGGAAGCUGACCUUCUUGCGGAAAAAGAAAUCCACACCCAAGGUGCUCUAUGAGAUCCCCGACACCUAUGCCCAAACAGAGGGCAGCGCAGAGCCCCCUGGGCCCGAGGGCGGAGGCCCCGACGGCAACUUUAACACCCGCCUGGAGAAGAUUGUGGACAAGAACACAAAGGGCAAGCAUGUCAAAGUCUCCAAUUCGGGCCGCUUCAAGGAGAAGAAGAAAGUCCGAGCCACGUUGGCAGAGAACCCCAACCUCUUUGAUGACAGGGAAGACAAAGGACAGUGAAGGGGGCCAAGGAGGAUGCUAGCACCUCCCCACUCCUGCCGUCAGCCGGAUCUGAGACAGGAGCUUGCCACGCUGGCCUCCUUGGCCACAGCUGAAGCCGUGGGGGCAGUUGAUGCCUGCUGGCAGGAAAUGUCUGGUUUUAGGUUUGUAUUUAUAUAUCCCAGCUUUCUGGAAGGCCUGGGAGAGCCCAGGGUACUCCCACGUCCCCCAGCACAUACAGAAGCACUCCAGUCCGAGGAUGAGAGCCCCACCCAGGAAGGACGGCCCUCCUCGCUGUGGCGGUGCCAGCAGGGAGGUGGGCAUGGCAAGAAAUGGAGAGAGGGAGCGGACAGACUUCACUUCCUCCAGGGGCACAGGGUCAAGGGUGAGUUUCAGUUGCUCCCUCUACCUUCUCUACCUGUAACUGUUCGCUGGACCAAUUCUGAGAGUGAAUUUUCCAGAAGCCACAUGAUGGGGUGGCUUCCUGGAGCUGGAGGAGGUGGACACCCUGAACUGGAGCUCACUUUCUAUCACAAGAGGGCAGCUUCCUGGAACUUGGUGCCCAGGUGUGCGGGGAGAGAAGGACGCUGGGUGGUGCUGCAGAACGCCAGGGGGGGGACCCCAUGGCUCCCCGCACACAUCCUCAAAGGGCGCUGCACUCGGGGAGGGGGUAGGGAGUGUUGGUAGGAGCUAAGAGCAGCUAACUCUCUUCUCCCCUUCUCCUACUAGUAUUUAAGAGGGACAGGCCCCAGAGAUGAGUCCUGGAGCCUUGAAUUUGCUUAAAAAAAUAAUUGUAGGUUUCUCUUUGUAAUAAACGAUGAUGCAAAAGCAGAGAACUUA